UUUUAUUUUUUGAAAUUUUCGCCCAUUUCUAUUGAAUAAUUGCUUUUGAAAUUUUGCUGCGCAUUUUACAUAAUAGUUAAAUUUUUUGACAUUUUUUUCUUCCUUUUCUACAAAUUCUCUUUUUUUGCUUCCGCUCAUUCAUCUGUCAAAUAAUUGCUUUUUGCAAAAAAGGAGAAAAAUAUUUAAAUGACAACCCCGUGCUCGUUGCUUUGUUUAUUGGCAAUAUCUUUGGAUUUUAGGCCUUCUUCAGACAUUCAGAAGUGCUCCUACUGUGUUCAGAUACGUGGGUUAACUCAAAGUUGUUCGCAAGACCCCAGGGAUUGUGCUGAAUGGGAACCAGAUUCAUUAAUUUAUUGUCUAAGCCGUGACGAGCAGUAUUGGGGAAGGGAAGCUUUGUUGAAAAGAUCCACCCGUUGCAUUUCCCAUUCAAAUUUAUUAAACAACCAAACUUUGAUUUCUGAAUUGGCACAAAUCCCACAAGAUACUCAAUAUCGAUGUACAUUUGAUAGGGCACAGGAAUGUAAAUGUCCCGAUUGUGCUUAUGAAAGGAAACAGUCAGCAAUUUUCGAAGAAAUUGAGAGGAUUGAGGGUAAGAAAAAAUUUAUGGGGGGAUUUUGGUGAGGUGUAUAGUCAAACCUCGAUUUUACGUACUUUCAAUUUAAGGUACUUUUUAAAAUUUGGAUGCCCAUUGGGUGUGGGAAGCUGCUCAAGCGAUACCCUCCAAUUAAUGUACACCUCAUUAGAAGCGACUCUCUCUUUCAUAUACCUCUCAUUAUAAACGAUACC